CUCAUUGUCUGUGAAGGAGACAGAUGUGAGCUAACGUGACCCGGAGGAAGACCACCGGUGGACGUAAACACCACAGAUUUAAAGAAAACUAAAGUGAACAGACUUCUCCCACCACCGACCAUGACUUGUAGCGGGGAGGAAGACGACCCGUUCCCCGUGGAGGACUGCCUGUUCGCGGACACAUUCAGUCAGGAGACCGUGUUCAGCUUGUGGGGUGAGGAGCUGAAGAUAAGGCAGGUGUUCGGGGCCAACCUCGGAGUCGCUGCCCCGGUCUGGAAAGCUGCGUUACACCUGUGUCGGUACAUGGAGGAGCAGAGUGUGGAGCUGCGGGGACAGCGCGUCAUCGAGCUGGGAGCAGGGACGGGAGUGGUCGGUAUUCUGGCUGCUCGUCUCGGUGCAGCCAUGACUCUCACAGACCUUCCUCUGGCUCUCGCACAGCUCCAGGCCAACGUGUCAUUGAACAUGCCAUCCAGUGGUUGGCCUUCUUCUCCUCCCACCGUCCUCCCUCUGUCCUGGGGUGAGGACCACAUGAACUUUCCGUCUGACUGGGAUCUGGUGUUAUGUUCAGAUAUAAUUUACCUCCCAGAGACGUAUCCACUGCUUUUGGAGACGCUAACUUACUUGUCCAAGAAUGGUGCUGUGGUUUAUUUCUCUUCCAAGAUGAGAAAAGAGCAUAAGACUCAGGUUUUCUACGAGGAGUGUCUGCCGAGCAGAUUCAAUGUGGAGCUUGUGCAACGUGACGACAAACGAAACAUUAAUAUCUACAGGGCAUCUCUAAGGACAGAUCAGUGAAAGCAGGGACAGUCGUCUACUGGCCUGGGACCAGUUACUGUACUGAAACGUUGUCUCUGGUUCCUUGGAUAUGGGUUUUUAAGUAGCAGUAAAGACAUUCUGCGACAUGAAGCUGCCAGAGAGAGCAAGUCAACUGUUACUCGAUAAUUCAAGUACCGAUUUUCAGGUAAUACGCACCCUUAUACGUCCUUUGUACUUUUUAAGUAUCUCUGCCAAAAGGUUAUGUUUUUGCCGCUGUCUGUUUGUUUGUCAGUAGGACUCCGCAAGAACUACAAAACAGAUUUCCAUUAAACUUGCUGGAAGGAUGGGACAUGGGCCAAGAAAGAAUCCCAUUAGAUCUUUGAGAAGAUCCGAACAAAGGGGUGGAUCCAGAACUUUCAUUUUCAUUUUCUUUCACAUUGUGAAAUGGGGUGUUUCAUGGGUCUUGGUUAAAAAAUCUGCUAUAUUUAGGUGACUGGUUUCUAUGAGUGUGUGCAAUUUGGUGCAGCUUGAUUUAAUUUUUUGGUGGAGAUUUGCACUCGACUGAUUAAUGUUCUUAAGCAUUGUGAUGAUUUUGUCUUCAAAAUGUGUAUGAAGUGAAAUGUUUUGUAGAUGUAUAGAUGUUGGCUGAGCAAAGCCAAAACACUUGUUCUCUAGAGAAUGACUGAGAAUGAAAGUUCAGUGCUGGUUAUGACGGGCAUGAGCACUACAGAUUUGUUAAGUCAUUCAGGGAACAGUUACAGCUUCUCUGUUCUGCUCAGAAUCACCUGAUUGGAGAUUUCCU